AUGGUUCAAAAAGCCAUCACGCCUCCGGACAGCUCGUCCAGCGAGUGUCACGGAUCGUCGCCCGAGGCAAAAAACGCCGUCAAAGCAGCCGCGCCAUCGAGUCGUCGCGGCCAUUUCAAGUCGCGAUUGGGCUGUUUCAGUUGUAAGCGAAGGAGGGUCAAAUGCAACGAGCUUCGCCCAGAAUGUUCGCCAUGUCGUCGACUGGGCUUGAUAUGCGAAUAUCCCGCUCCUCAAUCAUCAUCUACGCCGCGGACAGCGGUCCGACCCAACCCUUCGGCCCUGAAUCUUGAAGACCUGCGCUUCUACCACCAAUUCCUUACCGCCGGAUUUCCAACGCUGCCUCUGAGGGGAGGGGAGGUCUGGGCGGAAUGCGCUGCCAUGUCAUACAGCUCCGAAUGCCUUGCACAUGCCAUCCUCGGACUCGGAGCAUCGCAUCUGUCAAGGAACUGCAACGUCAACUACGAGGCGCAAGCCUUGCAGCAUCGCGUCGCGGCCAUCAAAUUGGUCAAUGAGCAAUUAGACAAGCCGCCCCAAAAGCCAAUUGAUGCCGAUAUCCUGUUCGCCACUCUCAUUUGCCUCCUCACCCAGUCCUCCUUGAUGUCAGACAACAUGGUCGACUACUUGACCAUGACGAGGGGAGGCAACCUCGUUGCCACCACCAUCAUUCCUGACUUUAAUGCGUCUAUUUUCAAGAAAUUCAGCCCCGAGGGCCACGUCAUGUCGUUGGGCGAGAUGGUGGAAGAGCAGCCAAAAGACUUGGCCUUGAUUGAAGCUUUCAGGGCUUCUGUUUUAGGCAUGGAGCCUAUUUGCCAAACCAAGAACGAAACAAAAUACCUCGAGGCUUUGGUCGCCUGUAUAGAUGCUCUGAAAACCUCGUCACACUCUGGUAAAGAAUUUGCUCCAUCCAAGUCUCCCCGGGGAUGCUAA